AUGUUCUUCACCAAGCUUAGUGUCGUUUGCUCGAUCGUGUCACUCGCGUCUGCGUUGAUCAUCAAUACGCCCUCCACACCGUGGUACAGCGAUGAGGAGGUCACCAUAACCUGGCAGAACCAGAACACUGAAGAACCAUCUGUUUUCUCCUUUUUGUUGACUAGCUCCGCUGUCGGUGGUGACAGCUAUGCGAUCGCCGAUGAUGUCUCUCCUGUUUCAGGACAUCUUACUGUCACGUUGCCUAAUGUUCAAUCUGGAUCGUACGUCCUUGAGGCAGUCAACGUGACGGACGUCAAUGACGUCUAUGCGGAGUCGGCUUCGUUUGAAGUCUUGUAG